UUUACGCGGUUUCCUAUUUUUUGGAUUUGUCAUUCGAUGUAAUCACUGUUUUCAGUGAUAAAACUGGUCUGAUAGCCUAUUUGAUGUGUUCAAACUGUUCAUAUUGUGUUAUUGCUGUAUCAGAAUCAUAAAAAAACCUUUUGAACAGCAGCCAUGGAAACGCCUGCAACGAGAGGCCGCCAACAGCGAGACGUCGAACAAGAGAAACUGGAACAAGAAAAACAAGCAGAAAAGGAUAGAGAAGCAGACUUGCAAGAACUGUUGACAAAUCUCCAGGAAUGGAAGCGAAAAGUGAAAUUAGAAUAUAUGCGUCUUCGACAGUUUAAACGCCACAGAAGAGCAGAGGAAGUCAAGCAACUGUUUGUAUCAAAUCGGCGAGAAUUAAAUGAGAAGAUAGAGGAGCUUGAAAAAAGGAGGGAGCCCCGUCCAAGUCCUACCAUUAACUCUCCAGAGGUGCUAAAUAUGAUGCCGGUCACGAAAAAGUGUGAUGUGCAGAGCGGUCUAGCAUUCCCUGGCCAGAGUGUUCCCCUGAAGGUGCUCUACGCUGUUCGUUCCGGUGUCCCCACCAUGUACACAUGGGCUCCUUUGCAACAAAACUUCAUGGUUGAAGAUGAGACCGUCCUCCACAACAUUCCUUAUAUGGGCGAUGAGAUCCUCGACCAAGACAGCAAAUUCCUCGAAGAACUCCUCAAGAAUUACGACGGCAAGGUGCACGGUGACCGAGAGAAGGAGCUAUUCUUGGACGACGAGAUUUAUAUGAAUAUGAUCAAUAAUCUUCACGGGCAGUACAACGAUUUAUUAGAUAGGGCAGCAAGUGAAGGUAAAUGUGAAGGAGUUGUUAAGACAGACAUUCCACCCGAAAUAAUAUUCCAAGCAAUCAAUUGUAUGUUCCCGGAUAAAGGCACCGUUGACGUCCUCAAGGAAAAGUUCAAAGCCCUGGCAAAGAAAAGGGAUAAGGAGUUAACGAAUCUGAAGCAGAAUCUUCCACCUGAGUGUACGCCCAACAUCGAUGGCCCCAACGCUCAGUCAGUCGAGCGGGAACAGACCAUGCAUUCCUUCCAUACAUUAUUCUGUAGACGGUGCUUCAAAUACGACUGCUUCUUACAUCCAUAUCAUCCAACCCCCAGCAUGCUGACGCGAAAGAAGUCGGACACCAAGUCGGAUCCGGACCCGUGUGGACCGGAGUGCUUCCUUCAUGACCAUCCGCCACCACAAAACAAGGUGCAGAAAGAGCUGCCAAAAGAGCCGGAACCUGCCCCGACUAACGGCAAGAGAAAACGGGGCGCUCCUAGCAGCUCAGUCGCAUCCACAUCUGAUCUCUCGGAAAGUGAAGCUUCACAAGCCGAAUUUGUGGCGCCACCUCCAGUCAAAAGGAGCAAAUGCAAUGAAGAUUGGUCGGGGGCCGAGGAGUCGCUGUUCCGUGUGCUACACAACGUCUUUGCGAAUAAUUACUGCGCUGUGUCGACUGCUCUGCACACCAAGACAUGUAAUCAGGUUUAUGAGUUUGCUCAGAAAGAAGCUGAACACAUGCCUAAGGUUCAAGAAGACAGAGUCAGAACGCCCCCUAGGAAGAAAAAGAAGAAGCAUAGCGACUUCAGGCUGUGGUCGAUGCACUGCCGUAAAAUCCAACUGAAGAAGGAUAGCACGUCCAAUCACGUGUACAACUACCAGCCAUGUGACCACCCGGGCCAACGAUGCGAUGAGACUUGUCCAUGCAUCAACGCCCAGAACUUCUGCGAGAAAUUCUGCCAGUGCAGCUCCGAUUGUCAGAACCGUUUUCCUGGCUGCCGAUGUAAGGCGCAGUGCAACACCAAACAGUGUCCGUGCUUCCUGGCCGUCAGAGAAUGUGAUCCGGAUCUCUGUCAGACGUGCGGUGCUGACCAGUUCGAUACUAAGAAGAUCUCGUGUAAAAAUGUCAGUGUUCAGAGAGGACUGAGAAAGCAUCUACUCCUGGCGCCCUCCGAUGUUGCGGGAUGGGGCAUCUACCUCAAAGAAUCUGCCGAGAAAAAUGAGUUCAUAUCGGAAUAUUGUGGCGAGAUCAUAUCUCAAGAUGAGGCCGACCGCCGUGGGAAAGUGUACGACAAAUAUAUGUGCAGCUUCCUUUUCAAUCUCAAUAAUGAUUUCGUUGUUGAUGCAACACGCAAAGGAAACAAAAUUCGCUUCGCAAAUCAUUCGAUCAGUCCGAACUGUUACGCCAAAGUCAUGAUGGUCAACGGCGAUCACCGCAUCGGAAUAUUUGCCAAACGAUCCAUCGGGCCAGGGGAGGAGCUUUUCUUUGAUUACAGAUACGGGCCGACGGAGCAGCUGAAGUUUGUUGGUAUCGAAAGAGAGAGCGGAUUCCCGGUAUUGUGAGGAUCCAUGGACUAUAGGCAAUGAACUUUCAUCAUAGGAACCAUACCUUAAAUCUAAAUCUUAGGGUUCAUUCUGUUCGGUUCUGUCAGGUUUAAUAGAAAAAAUAGGUGUUUCGUUUUAAUCUCGAGUUUGCUCCAAGAUGUUGAGAAAUAUUGCAUUGCAUAUCACUCUAAUGUUCACUGCUGCUCUUUGAUUUUCACGAAACCUACCUCCGACGAAUCUGUACAUCCUGUUCCACCAUUUUUAUCCAUUCAAAACUUUGCAUCGAACACGACCACACCUGAAAUGUUGACGACACUGCAAGAUAGGUUUCCCAUACUAAAUGCACAUCAUUGGCAUGUCAGACAAGGUCGUAAAUGCCAUUUUUGUCGCAGCAGCCACUGCUGAUCCUGAGGGUAGGGUGAAGUUAAAGGUAAAACACUGGUAUAGGCAGCAUAGUAGAGAGUCAUGUUAAGUUUAUGGUUUUGGGGAAAACUGAAAAUGAGGUAGGUGUUCCUUACCGAAAUAGCAUGUCCCUUACUUCACGAGAGAAGGCUGAUGGCAUUGUCCAUGUACUAUAUGAAUGGCCCAAUAGGCAGUUAGACACAAUGGCUCCUGACUGAUUUUACAGUAGUUGUUGAGGUGAACACCCAAUUGCAUUUACUUUUGUACAUGUAUUAAGCGUUUUCUAAAACUUUUUCGUACCUAGACUAGUUCUUUUGUAUGAAUAAAA